AUGGAUCUUGAUGUACCCGGGUUUAUCGCUCAUUUCAAGCAGCUAGAUGCAUCAGCUCGACGCACAGCAUACCACCAGAUAAUAGACCAAUUGGGCCCUUAUGAAUGGCGGGAUGUGAAAACACGCAUUAACGAAAGAUCUUUUCAGAAAGAUAUCCUCGGCGCACUGCCUCUGGAAAUCGCCGUGCAAAUCAUUAAAUACCUCAGCCUAAGCGACGCACACCUUCUCCGGAGAGUCUCAAGAAGAUGGUAUCAUGUGCUGUCUUCGAAGUCAGCCUGCAGUAUCCUCCUCCGCCUGUACAUGGGGGGGUCAUUUAUAAGUCUCGGUGGUGACUUCAAAUCUACUCUGGUCCAUUACUCAAGGCGGAGGCGUCGCCUGGUGAAUGGCAAUCCGCUUGCGGAGUUUCGAAUAAAUCUACCGUUUGCGACAGGUCAGGAGAUAUUAAGUCUUGAUUACUCGGAUGGGCGAUAUGCCUGGUUAACUGAUGGUGAUACCACAAUCGUGGUCUAUAGCCUAUGCACCCAGAAAGCACAGCGUUUUUGCACAAUGAAUCGCGAAAGAUUAGAGAAACUCCGAAUAUCGGAGUUUAUUGUGGCCGCUCUUAGUACUCGUGGCUAUUGCCAUGCUUGGGAACUCCAAACAGAGGGCACGCACACUGUUCGACUCCCCAAUACGAAUAUAUCUCUUUUUGUCAUAGGCGGCUUUAGAGUUGCUAUUUGCUUCAAGAAUCUCUGCCUAGAGAGCGGGGAGGGUAACGCGGUUAUACAUUAUGACCUGCACUCGGGAAGAACGCAUACCCUUCAGCAUAUUCAAGAUCAAGCAUUUGUGGGGCUGAGCUCUUCCCCUGAACUCUUGACGACAAUUUCUCUUGGGCAACAAUGCGAUAGUGAGGGCAUAUCGCAAUGCCCCCCUCGUCUGCAUGUUGUGAAUUAUAAACUGCAUCAAAAUGGGGAUGCCUCACCAACACGCUCCUAUACUUUGGAGUUGGGCCUCCCACAAUGCUGUCAAUGGUUAGAUGUCGGGGUAGAAUAUGACUUGCAGGGUGACUGUAAAAACAGCAUGGCAAUCCUCUAUGCGCGGCCCGCAUUAAGAACCUCUGCUCACGAGCACAUUUUGCCUAUCACUUACCACCCCAAAACCGAGAAUAUUUGUGUACACACACUAUUAGCACAUCAAAUAGCUCGCCCCUUGUGCAUUACGACUGUUGACAAGGACAUUCUCUACUGGAUUAGAAACGACGAUGGCAAAAGAAACAUCUGGAUCUCUAAUCCAAACUCUGAGACACCUCUCUAUGCUUCCCGCAACAUGAACCUUGGUCUGCCGCGGGAUCCCUCCUAUGGGGCUUCACUCUUUAAUGAUACUUAUCGUAUAUUGACAGGCAAUUCCAGGUUUGUAUCGAUGAUCGAUGCCACAGGUACGCGAGUAUGGUCCUUUGAGGAUUCAAGACAGCCAGGAAGUAUACCAAUACCGUCACUAUCUAGUCAGGAGGAUUAA